AUGGCAGAGGCAACAAAGGUAGCAGGGCAGAUUCUCUUCCAGAACUCCCUUGCGGAGGUUGUGCGCAAACUCCGUUCCACUUCAAAGAGUGAGGCAGAAGUUCUCGAGCAAUGUAUUGCAGAUACAAAGAAAGAAAUCACCUCCACUGUACAGAGUGUGAAGGUGACGGCGGUGUUAAAGGCGGUAUAUUUCUCAAUGUUGGGUCAUUCCGCCGCCUAUGGGGCUUUUAACAUUAUUGAGGUUAUGGCGGAUAGAGUUUUUAAUAAUAAACGUAUUGGAUAUAUGGCGGCUUGUCUCACCUUUACACCAAAGACAGAUGUAUUGCCACUUUUGACGGCUCUAUUAAAACGAGAUCUUUCUAGUGCCAAUCAAUAUGAAGUGGGUUUUGCACUUUAUUGUAUUUCUUCUGUUUGUACUUUAGAUUUGGCACGAGAUCUCGUUGUGGAUGUAGUGAAUUUACUUAAUCAUCCACGUAAUUAUGUUCGAAAAAAGGCAGUAUUAAGUUUAUACCGUAUCUUUUUUGCCUAUCCAGAUUCAUUACGUCCUACUUAUCCACGAUUAAGAGAAAAACUUGAUGGAAAUAGUGAACGUUGCGAUAAUGAUCCUUCUGUACGUGGUGCUGUAGUGAGUGUAUUAUGUGAACUUGCUCGUCGUAAUCCAGCGAAUUUUCUUGGACUUGCUGUACCAUUCUUUUCUAUGCUUUAUACUGUUCAUAGUAAUUGGACUCUUAUUAAGAUUGUGAAGGUAUUUGGCUAUUUUGCUUCAUUAGAACCACGUCUUGGAAAAAAAUUAGUUGAACCUAUAACCAAUUUAAUAGAAACCACAGGAGCAAAAUCCGUUCAGUAUGAAUGUAUUCUUGCUGUAGCUAAUGGAAUGAGUAAAGUUCCAUCCUUAACAAAAUUAGCUGCAGAAAAAAUGCGGUUAUUUGUAGAGGAUACAGAUCAAAAUCUAAAAUAUUUAGGUUUAGAUGCUAUGUCACGUAUGGUUCGAGAUAAUCCAAAAUUAUUAAGUGAAUAUCGUGAUAUUAUUCUCGCAUGUUUAGAUGAUAUAGAUUCAACCAUUAGGAAAAAAACACUUGAAGUAUUACGUGGACUUGUUACAAGGAAAAAUAUUGUUUCAACUAUUAACAAAAUGAUGGAACGUUGUGUACGUUCUCCACCUGAUGAAGAUUGGUCAAAUCGUGUUAUUGAAACUGUUAUUGAAAUUGCACAAAUAGAUGAUUACGCCCUUAUUCAAGAUUUUGAAUGGUAUACUAGUAUCUUAAUUGAUAUAAGUCUCGUAAAUCUCUCUACUUAUCAACAUGGAGACCUGGUUCAGAGAGAACUUGUAACUGUAUUAACACGAGUGAAUGCUGUACGUCAAUUUGGUAUUAAUGCAUUAUCUCAUUUCUUUUCAAAUUCCAAUUUAUUAAAUUGCGAUCCUACACGAUCUACACAAUGGGAAGUAAUUAAAGGAGCUGCAUUCCUUUGUGGGGAAUACCCUUAUUGGUUACGAGAUAAGCGACUCACCUGUUCACAACUUCUUAGUGAUCAUAUUGCCAUUCUCCCACCAGAGGCGCAGGUGUUGUGUGUAACGGCGGUUGGAAAGAUAGCGGCUUAUAUUCAUCAACCCUCACCGCGGCAUUUAACUUUAGUGAAUGGAGAAGAGGAGUUCGCAUUACCAGAGGACCCGGUAACAGAUGAGGAAAUACGUGCAGUGAUUCUCCCACCCACUAGAAGCUCAGAUCAAGAGCAGACACCUCCCAAUGGAAAAGGGGGAGAUAUACACUCACAUUCACAUUCACAUUCACGAUCUCCACAAAGAACUGAAAACACACAAUUCCCACAUGUUGCCUUGCAACUAUUUCAACACAGUAUUUACCCUGAUGUCCAGGAACGCGCCCAGUUGGUUUUUCAUCACAUUGUUGUAAACCCCGAUGUGGGUCCGCGCUUCUACGCAGAGGAACUGCGGCCAGUGGCGGCCGGUGCACAAGCCGCGGUGUUGCCGCCGGACGAUCUUGACAUUUCAGAGCCGUUCUGCCGUCAAAUGCCGGAACUUCUCCGCCUUCCCGAGACAGAGGCGUACAGCAGCAAUGAUGAGAAUGAGAAGGAAGAAGAUGAAGAGGAUGACUUUGAUGAAGUCAUUGCCUCUGGACUCGGUGGUUUUGUCGGUGAUGAUGAAGUACGACGGCGGCAAAGGCAGAAGGAACAAAAACGAAAAGAACAACAACGACGUGGAGAAGUGGCCCCAUUUUACAUCAGCGGCGCUUCAUUAACGCGAGAGGAGCCGCCAGUGGAAGUACAACUCGAGGCCAUCACCGCAGCCUCACUGCAAUUGCAGGAUCCCACCAAUUCGCCAUAUAAUAAUAAUAAUAAUAAUAAUAAUAAUAAUCAACGAUCACAAUCCCAACAACAACAACAACAACAGAAUCUCCCACGUAAGACACAAACCAUCAAUCGUGAUCUCUCACGGCCAUCAAAUUACGUGGCGCCCACACAAACACGUCGUCGGCCGGAAGAAUUGAUGGAAGAUGAGGCAACACGACUGUUUCGCAAUGUGGAUGUUACGCGCGCUCUGACAGCAGAUGAGCGACUCCCAGAAACGGUUCCAUACGCGCAAUUACUGCAGUCACGUAAAAGGGAAGAGGACAAUAAUAAGAACAUCAACAACAAAACAGCAGCGGCAGAGGCAGCAGCGGAAUUAUUUGAUCCUGUUACUCUUCUUGAUGAACGAUAUUUACGUGUGAUGCUUUAUAUGGAAUCAUGUCGUGUGCGAAAGGAGGGUAUCUCAUUAACUGUAACAGUGGAGGUUUCGAACAUGGCAAGUAGCAACAGUGCAUAUAAUGUUACACUUUGUUUUCAACCUGAUGGGAAAAACUACACAGAGAACGGUAUACUCCUAGAAUUGAUCGAACCAGAAGACACUACUACUAAUACUACUACCAUAACCAAACAUAAGAAAGAUCAUAAUAAUGGUAAUAAUAAUAAGGAUGACAAUGACGAAAAGAAGGAUAAAAAUAGUGAUAGUUCUAAAAAUGAUACAGAGAAAGGGGUAUUGCAUAUAGCGGAUCGUCUAAAAGGGUCAUCAUCUGUGCGUAAGAAGAUGAAUAUUAAAUUUAUUAGUCAACUUCCUGAUUCUCUUGUGGAACCACUAGAAUUUAAAAUUUCAUUCGUUCGUGAGAAAAAACCUGUAAAUCAUUCAAUGUUUCUACCACUACAAUAUGCAUACUUUGCAAAGGUACCUAAGGAUGAUAUGAAAUCGUCUGAAUUCAUGGAAGAAGUUCUUGAAAAGUCACUUGUAGAUGCACCUGUUUUCAGUAGUUUCGUUCCUAUGGACUUGUCUCGUGUGCAAUUAGUAUUACCAAUGUUACUUUCAAAAUUGAGACUUCGAAAUAUUGACGUUUUCAGAGAUAUCACAUCAUUUAGAGGUGUACUUCAUGUUCGCAAGUCAUCCUCCUCAUCGACAGCAACCUCUAAAGCUCACGUUGCGGUAUUGCUGCAGGAAGAUACUCUUGAUGGAGAGAAGGGAUUGACCAUUGCAGCCAAGUCACACCAGAGCUGUUUGACAGAAUUACUAUUGCAAGAUAUUGCUACCUUGUUGCUGCAGUAG